AUGCAAGAGGUUGUGUCCUUCUACAAGAAGCUUCCUCAAGGUCCUGCUCCUGCUCCCAAGAAGCCCACCACACCCUGGGGCAAGUACAAGGCUGCUUACUUCGACGGCGACAACGCCUCGGCCAAGCCUUUGCUCCACCUUGCUGUUGCCGUCAUCAUCUUCGGCUACACCUGGGAAUACCAACACUUGAAGGAACACCACUAA